UUACCUUCAAAUCAGACCCUGAAGCUUCACCUGUGGUGCAGGCUAUAUUCAGCAUCAUGGACCAGACCCUGUCAGGUCACUAUGUUGAUGUGUUGCUCUGGCUGCUCACGUGCUGCUCAGCAUUUUCCUGUUCUGGAAAGCCUUCUCAAGGAGGCUGCAGUGCAACCUUAUGUUCACAACUGUUUUGUGAAUGUGUGUGAAGGGAGACACAUCCAUCAAUUCUGCAACUUCUUCAAGUGA